AUGGCUUCAAGAGAUGCGACAAACGGGAAUACGGGGCUGAAAAAGCGAUCUAUCGCAGGGUCCUUUCUUUUCAAACUUCCCCACGGCGAUGGGAAGCAAGCCCAAGUGGCUUUGUUCAAACGUAGUGGCAAGGUCAGUACUUAUCAGCACAAAUAUGCGCCUAUAUCUGGCAGCGUCGAAAAGUACGAUGCCAGUCCGCUCGCCACGGCUUUGCGGGAGAUCAACGAGGAGACGGGGCUUACACUCUCCUCACUUGAGCUGCUUCGCGUCGGCAAGCCAUAUUCUUUUGUCGACGAGUCUAUAGGUCGCGAGUGGACCAUCAACCCUUUCGGCUUUCGCCUCAAAGAUAAGUCUGAAGGGGGGAAAGGGGAAGAGGGCAUCACCAUCGACUGGGAACAUGAAGGAUUCGAAUGGUUUAACCCGUUGGAUGUGAGUGAGUCCGACGAGUUCGGUGGCGUCCCCAAGCUCGUUACGAGUUUGCGAAGGGUGUGGCCCGAGUACGACCUAGGCCCGAGAGCGGGUAAAGUCCUGACGUCCGGCCUGCAACAGCUGCGGGAAGAUCAUGAGAGCGGUGCUAGGCAGCUUGCUGACUUGGCAAUCUCCAUUUUGAAGAAUACCAUCGAAGAGAUGGAUUCUGACGUGGUCGACGAUAAAUGGUGGGCAAAUAUCCGAAUGGCCGCAUGGCAUAUUUGCAAAGCCCGCGAGAGUAUGGGAGCUGCGAUCACCAGCGCUACUGUCAAAGCACUUGACCUAGUUGAAAAAAUCUUAGCUCAAGAUUUAUCACCUCCAGAGAAGAUUCGGAACAUAGCCGAUGCUAUUGAAGAGCAGCUAGGUCGACGUAAAUCUACGACCGACCGUAUUCGUGACGCAUUCGUUGACUACCUCCGGCAAAAUGUCGUUCAAACUAUGCCACUAAAAGAAACGCUUUCUAUCCUUACACUGUCAUCUAGCUCUACUAUAUCGGCAUGUCUUUUGGAGGCUGCUGUUCACCUAGGUGUGUCGGUUGAUCUUCGUAUUCUCGAAUCGAGACCACUCUACGAAGGUGUGACUUUAGCAUCGAAGCUGCUCGAGGCUAAACCGGAAUCGGUAGAUUUAAAAGUGACCAUCUACACAGAUGCUUCUGCAGCUCUAGCUGCCGAUGGAAUCGAUAUAUUUGUCCUUGGAGCUGAUCGCAUUAGCUCAACAGGUGAUGUUAGCAACAAAAUUGGAUCUCUGCCUGCACUUCUCUGCCAGAGACAUGUCGUACCCAAUGCUAAGACGGUUAUACUAAGUGAAACCGAAAAGGUAGCUGGUCCAGGCAUGAUAGAAGAUCACCCGGUAGAGGAAAACAGUCCGACAGAAGUUAUACGCGCCUGGAAAGGAAAUGUGAAAGGAGUUGAAAUUAUAGAAAGAUUUAUGAGUGACGAUGAGAGCGGUAUAGCAAAAGGAAGUAAUGCUCGGGUAAGGAACUCGUACUUUGAAUGGGUUCCUGCAAACUUUAUCCACGCCUACAUCACAGAUGAAGGGGUUUGGUCCAUCAAAAACAUUACAGAAAGAUCAGAUUGGGUCGGUAAUGAGAUGGACAGGUUCUUUAAGGAUCUUUAG